AUGAUGGGGAGCGGCCAGCUCCAUUAUUCUGUGCCGGAGGAAUCCCAGCAUGGCACCUUUGUGGGCCGCAUUGCCCAGGAUCUGGGGCUGGAGGUGGAGGAGCUGGUGCCUCGGAUGUUCCGGAUGAUGUCCAAAGGACAGGAGGACUAUUUUGAGGUAAAUGUGCAGAAUGGGAUCUUGUUUGUGAAUUCCCGGAUAGACAGGGAGGAGCUGUGUGCUAAGAAUCUUGAAUGUGCCGUUCACCUGGAGGUGAUUGUGGACAAACCUCUGAGGGUUUUCCAUAUAGAGGUGGAGAUCAGGGACAUAAAUGACAAUGCCCCCAUUUUCUCUGCAAGUGAACAAAUUCUGAGCAUAGCAGAAUUUAUAAUGGCACCUGGCACCAGAUUCCCUUUAGAGGGAGCUUCUGAUGCAGAUAUUGGCACUAAUGCUCUGCUAACCUACAAGCUCAGGCCCAAUGACUAUUUCAUUGUAGAACAGAAAACAGGUGACCAGCACAAUAAACCCUUAGCAAUUGUUUUAAAGAAGCCAUUGGACAGGGAAGAGGCUCCUGUGCACCGUCUUUCACUCACAGCCACUGAUGGAGGCAAACCAGAGCUCACAGGCACAGUCCAGCUGGUGAUUAAUGUGCUAGAUGCAAAUGACAACCCUCCUGUAUUUAACCAAUCAGUUUACAAGGUAACAUUAUUGGAAAAUGCAGCUACUGGAACAUUGGUUAUUAAGCUGAAUGCCACUGAUUUAGAUGAAGGAAUUAAUAAGGAGAUCUCCUAUUCUUUUACUAACCAUGUGCCACUAAAUUUCCAAAAGAUUUUUACCAUAAAUUCCAAUACCGGGGAAAUAAUGGUAAAUGGAAGAGUUGAUUUCGAAGACAUUAGUGUAUAUGAUCUUCAGAUUGUGGCAGAAGAUAAAGGCAACCUUCCGUUGUCUGGACAUUGCCAAGUGAUAAUUGAGGUGCUGGAUGUGAAUGAUAAUGCCCCAGAGGUGUCAGUCUCAUCCCUCUCUGUGCCAGUGCCAGAGGACUCCCCACUGGGGACAGUGGUAGCCUUAAUCAGUGUCUCAGACAGGGACUCUGGGGCCAAUGGCCAAGUAAGCUGCUCACUGUGGCCUCCUGGGCUUCCCUUCAAACUGGCGUCCACGUUCAAGAACUACUACUCAUUAGUAGUGUCUGAACUCCUGGAUCGGGAGCAGGUAGCUGAGUAUAAGUUGAUGGUGAUGGCCCAGGACCAAGGUGUUCCACCACUGUCAGCUACUGGUAGCUUAUUAGUUCCAAUUAGUGACAUAAAUGACAAUGCACCCACUUUCGCACAACCCUCCUACACGGUCUUUGUGAAGGAGAACAACCCACCUGGUGCUCACAUCUUCACAGUGUCUGCUUCAGACCCAGAUGUGGCUGAGAACUCCUUGGUUAGCUACUGGAUCGACGACAAGCUCUGGCCAUUGACAAGCUACAUCUCAGUGCACUCGGAGAGUGGGAAGGUCUAUGCCUUGCAACCCUUGGACUAUGAGGAGCUGAAGCUGCUGGAGUUCCAAGUGAGGGCCAAGGAUGCUGGGCUGCCCUCCCUGUGUGGCAAUGUGACUAUUCAGGUUUUUGUGGUUGACGAGAAUGACAACGCACCUGCAGUGUCAGGGACAACAGAAGAGAACCCCAUUCUCCUGGUGCUUCCUAUGGGGUCUGGGCACACAGUGGGCAAGAUCCAUGCCCUGGAUGCUGACUCAGGAUACAAUGCAUGGCUGCGAUAUGAACUGCAUGAGGUGACAAGUGGACCAUGGCGUGUGGGCCUGUAUAGUGGAGAGAUCAGUACCAUACGUGCUGUAGAUGAGGCAGAAGUCAGCAGAAGUCAGAGCCUGCUGGUUUUGGUGAAGGAUCAUGGGAAGCCUCAACUCUCAACCACAGCCACAUUGAGUGUGUCACUGGUAACCAGUGCGCAGGCCAUCAAAACGGAUACCCGCCUUUCCAGGACAGGUGAAAGCCCAAAGUCUUUGGUGGACAAUGUCAAUGUCUACCUGAUCAUUGCCAUCUGCUCAGUGUCCAGCUUGUUCCUCCUAGCAGUAAUCUUUUAUGUGGCCUUGCGAUGCCGUUGCCAGGCGAAGGAGGCCAUGGUGUAUGGUCCUGGUACAGCCACGCUGGUAUGUGCCAGUGAAGUGGGCAGCUGGUCCUAUUCAAAUCGCCACAGCCACAUCCUGGCAGGUGUGAGUGGGGAGGCUGGAGCCAAGAGUGACCUUAUGGUCUUCAGCCCCAACAUUCCUUCUUUUGCUGAUAAUGGGAAGCAGCAGGACCUGCUCUGUGCAACGGUUAGUAUCUGA